CUCUUCGCCUUCGGGCGCGGGGCGCGAGGCGCGGCGCAUGCGCUCGCCCUCCCGUGGGGCGCUCUCGCGCGCCGAGGCGCUUUGAGCCUGGCACCCUCACACCGAGGGGACGCAACGGAGCUUCGCCGCAGUGACCCAACGGCUGAUUUACUCCCGGUUGUUCCUUCCAGAGGGGCGUUCCUAGAAGCUGGCUUUGAAAGGGUGCAGAGGUAGAAGUCCCCUCCUCGUCGGUUGCAAUGAGUCCGUUCUCGACUUUAAAUGGCAGCAAUUGAAGCCGACAUUUCGGUUGCUAAGCAAGAUGGUCGUUAAGUGAGUUUUUGCCCCAUUUUACGACCUGGCUUGCCACAGUCGUCGAGUGAAAUCGCUGCAGUCGUUAAGUGAGUCACACGGUCGUUUAAGUGAAUCCGGCUUCCCUGUUGACUUGGCAUGUCAGAAGGUCGCAAAAAGGGGAUCACGUCACACAGUGGUGAAAUCUGAACUGGUUUACUACUGGUUCACUCACAGUGCGCAGCACGCACCAAAUGCGAGGUGUGCACGCACAGUGCAUGCCAAAAGGAGGCAUGUGCGUCAACCCAACCAGCGGAGGAGUUUACAUCGUGUGAGGUGUCCCUUCAGACAGGGUCAAAUAAAUCUAUACCGUUACCUUGAGUUCCCUGAAGACUUCCAACCGUUGAAUGUACUGAGCUGGACAAAGUUUCUGACAUGGCUGGUCUCGUGGACAGUAUCUGCACCAUCAUCGCCGUCUUUCAGAAGUAUGCCGACAGGAAGAGUGAGCGUUCUUCCAUGAAGCGAAGGCAAAUGAAAAGACUCAUCCAAAAAGAGUUUGGUGACAUUCUAGAGAACCCUCGUGAUCCUCAAAUUGUCAAGCUGACCUUCCAACUGCUGGACGUGAAUGGAGAUAAUCGCGUUGACUUCAAUGAGUUCCUCUUCCUCAUCUUCGAAAUGGCCACCGCUUGCUAUAGUGUCUGGCAUCUCCAGGAGUGUCUUUCAUACAGUGAGGAAAGCAGGAGAGCUGUGCGUGACGAGGAACCACGUGGGAAUGAAAGCAACUUCCGGGAAUUCCUGGAGAAGGAGAGGAGAAGAGACGAUGUCCGUGAGAGACGAGGUGCCGAUCGGAUCCCCCUUCAAUCCAUGGAAGAAGGCAGACGAGGAGAACUUUCCAGUGAACUUCGAGAAGAAGUAGACCGCCACUUUGAAGGACAUGAUCGUAAGUUGAGAGAUGGUGAUAGGAGAGACCGUCCAUCUCAGGAACAUCAGGAAAGAGAACCUGAACAACGACGCCUUGAGCCCGAAGAGUGGGAGGAUAUUGAGAUACCAGAACCCCGUCAACGGAGACAACGGGAAUCAGCACUGGAAGAAGACUCUCCACGCCAAUCCCGAGAACUUGUGAGAAGAAAUGACAAUGACAGACGUGAAGCUCGAGGUCUCCUGGACAGGGAUGAAGAAGACCUCUAUUCUCCAAUAGUCAUAUCCAGGAGGGAAGAUGGGAGGAAACGCCGGGGCCAAGAGACUGAAGGAAGACACUUCAGACAUGGUUCUCAAGCCCGAGUGGAUCGUGCAGAUUACGAUGUUGAAAGAAGUCGUCCGUCUCGUGAACGGCGAGAAGGGGAAGAUGGUAGGAGGGAGCUGGAAAUGCACAGUGAGCGGAGGUCUCGUGCCUUUGAACCCCGUGUGGCUGAUGAGCGCCAAGAUCGUAUUCGUCACCGUAGCCCAGUAGAAGAAUAUGAGGAGCUUCGCCCAUUGUCCAGAGAAGGUGAGAGAAGAUCACAGUUCCAAGAAGCUGACCACAGAGAGAGUGAGAGGAGGAGUCAAGGACGCUCUGUCUUUCAAUCGAGAGAAGAUGUCCGUAGAGCAAUCCGGGCAGAAGAGGAAGAAGUCAGAAGAUCUGAAAGGAGACGUGAUGAAGAUGAGUGGAGCAGACCACAACCACGUGAAGCUUCCAGAAGACCAGAAGUGGAAGAUCUGGAACGCAGGGAACAAGAGAGGAGGAGGAGGCCCUAUUCUUCUGAGCUUGAGAACAUGGACAGACCUUCCCGAUCUCAUGAGUCUGAAGGCAGAGAAGAAGUCAGAAGAUCCCAACGUCCUGAGGACGUAGAGCGGAGAAGGCGGGAGUUCAGCCGGGAGGAAACCCGUGCAACAGAAAGCAUGAGACCCCAAUCCCAAGAACCUGAACCCAGGGACCCCAAGUAUGAUAGAUCUCAAAGUUAUGAAGAACCAAGGAGAGAUGAUCUGAGGAGACCCCGUAACUAUGAAGUUCGGUCCCAAGAAAGAGAUGCUGAACGGAGGAGAAGGCUCCAACCUCGUGAAUUAGUUGAGAGAGAAGACAACCAGGAAGGACAACAUUAUGAACAUGAAUCCCGGGACAGGGAGAGAGAUGGAAGACAUGCCAUGUCCCUUGAAGGUGAAACCAGAGGUGAAGAUCGGAGAAGGCCUCAAGGAAGUGCCUCCAGAUAUGGUGAAAGGGAGAGACUUCCAGAAGGAGAUGCCCGAAUGAGACGUACAGGACGAGACAUGGCAAGUCCUUCUGAGGCUGGUCGGAGAGAGCUUGAUCCCAGCAGCCCACAGCAGAUUUCCAGACGCAGAGCUCCUGAACUCAGAAGAUCUGAGCCCCGUAGCCUUAUGCCAAACACGAAGGGCUAGGAAACAAAGGUUGAAGCCAAAGUAAGCAGCAGUUGGGUAACUAAUAGUUCUCCAGACCUUGAGAAAUUACAUCUCCCAGUAGUUCUGGUCCAUCUUCUCUAAGACGAGAGUUGCUGGGAACUGUCAUUUGAUCAAUAUCUGGAGUGGCUCUGGGUUCCUGGGCCUUCUUUUGGAAUCUUUGACCAAGAAACCAACCGGUUUCUUCAUAGUUGUAGCCUUACUAUAGUCAAUAACGUAACUAUAUUUUCCCCAACUAUCCUAGCCAUUCAACUAACGUUGAAGGAACCAUAAUGAAGAAUAAAUUGAAGACAUCCAUCAAGAGCAUUCCUCAAGGUGGACUAACGGAAACCAGCCUGGUUCUUCCUUGAUGCUGAACGUACAAAACGAAGGUGUUCACCGUUGAUCAGACGACUGUCAACUCCAUCGGAUUGUUGAACACCAACAGUUCUCUGUUUUCCCCUUCCCCUUUCUUCUCUGAUUUUUCUCUAACUUUGGAUUUAGGGUAAACUUGGUGGAUUCGUGGGUUUUUGGGUGGGCUACGUGGUGAUGGAAAUGAAACAAGAUAAAUAAAGAGCAGUUUCUUCUAAACAAA